CAGGCGCUCUCGCUCUCCAACGAGCGGAUCACGGUGCCCGAGCUGCUCUUCCACCCGUCCGACAUCGGGCUCGAGCAGGCGGGGCUGCCCGAGUGCAUCGUGCAGGCGGCCGAGGCGUGCCCUCCGGACAUGAGGGAGGCGCUCUACGCAAACAUCCUCGUCACGGGCGGGAGCAGCCGCUUCCCGAACUUUGAGGAGAGGCUGCAGCGCGAGCUGCGCGCCCUCGUGCCGAGCGACCUGCCCAUCGGCUUCACCGCCGCCUCAGACCCGACGCUCGCCGCGUGGCGGGGAGGCUCUAUCUUUGCGGCGGCGGCCGAGUACGACUCUGCGGUGGUGACCAAGGAGCAGUACCGCGAGGAGGGGCACGCGCUCUGCCGACGGAGAUUCGCCGGCGCGUAG